AUAGCUGAACACCCAAACACUAUAGCCACUUCACAUAGGAAAAUCUGGUCUCCACAGUUUUUUUGCUAGAGGCCUUCGCUUUGGACCUCAAAAACAGGCUAGGAGUUGGGUGUGGUGGUGUACACUUGUAAUCCCAGCACUCAAGAGGCUGAGGCAGGAGGAUCUCCAUGGAUUCGAGGACAGCCUAGGCUGCAUAGUUAAAUGUCAGCCUGAACUACAUAGCAAGACGGUUUCUCUAAAUAAAUAAAAUGUCUCUGUUGAGGUCUCCCAUUCCCCCCUCCCCUUCCUGUAAACUGAAAGCAAAGUCAGACCUGGUGGAAUUGGGGGGGAAGCAGAAUUUAAGCACAAGUCUAGUGCGGGCCUCCUUCACCCCUUUACACUCUAAGCAGACAGUUGCCCUCAACAUGACCUUAUUUCCCACUACCAGUUGAGGUACUUUGUUAUCAAGUUUGUUGCCAGGGAGAGCCUGGAUUUGCUCCCCAAUCACUGGUCAGCAUAGCCCCUCCAAGAAGUCCUAGUUACUAAAGGUGAGAAUGAGAGCUUAUUGGCCAGCACACCUCACAAUGCCCCACGGGGGUUCUUUCAAUUGGUUCGCUACCUGUCUCCAAGGCUCUGUGGCUUAGCGACAGGAACCGGCGUUCCCACUGAUGCUGGCUCCCCAUUGGCUGUCCGCGAGGCCUCGCCUCGAAGAGGAGCUAGAUAGAUACAAAGGCUCCUCAGCACGAGCUUCUCCGCUCAUAGUGACCCCGCCCCAGGGAAGGCCACCCGGACUGAGUGCAAGACUCAGGAGUGAAGAAGAAACCCUGCUGCAGAGACCACCUGCUCCCUUGGUCACUGCUUGGCGGCCCACCUGGGGCCUCCCCUUGGAGAGCCCAGUCUCGUCUGGAAGCCGCAUUUCCAAGGUGGAAUCCAGAUCCUAACCUGUCACCUGAGGGUGCUGAGAAUCUCCGGCUCUAAAGAAUUCCGAUUGAAAUCCAAACCUAGAAGAGGGGGAGUCCAGGUUGAAAUCCGGAGGGACCAUGUUCUACUAUCCCAACGUGCUUCAGCGCCACACUGGCUGCUUCGCCACCAUCUGGCUGGCGGCAACGCGCGGCACUCGUUUGGUAAAACGUGAAUACCUGGAAGUGAAUGUUGUGAAGACCUGCGAGGAAAUCCUCAACUAUGUGCUGGUACGAGCGGAACCGCCGAUGCCGGGCCUGCCCAGGCCCCGCUUCUCUCUGUAUCUCUCUGCCCAGCUGCAGAUCGGCGUCAUCCGGGUCUACUCCCAGCAAUGCCAGUACCUUGUGGAGGACAUCCAGCACAUCCUGGAGCGCUUGCACCGGGCUCAGCUGCAGAUCCGCAUCGAUAUGGUAGAGGCUGAACUACCCAGCCUGCUGCUUCCCAGCCACCUGGCCAUGAUGGAGGCCCUGGAAGAUGCUCCAGACCCCUUUUUUGGGAUGAUGUCUGUGGAUCCCAGACUUCCCAGUCCUUUUGAUAUCCCUCAGAUUCGACAUCUCUUAGAGGCUGCAAUCCCAGAGAGAGUUUAUGAGGUGACCCCUCCUGAAGUUCCUACAGAGCCCAGGAAGCCAGAAAGGCUCUUGGUGACUGUGUUGCCUCCUGAGGUCAUCACACUCCGGGAAGUGGAGCCCAUACGCAUGCUGCACAUCGAGGGUGAACGGGAACUCCCAGAGGUCACCCGACGAGACUUGGAGCUACUGAUUGCAGAGGAAGAAGAAGCUAUCUUGUUAGAGGAAUAUCGGAAAGAGUUCAAGGAAGAGAUUCGGGCCCCGGAGGCUGAAAUUGUAGUCCCCUCAGUGUCACCUCCAGCUCCUCCACAAAUAGAAGAGAUUAGAGAGCCACUUCCUGAAGAGGUCCUGGCCCCUGAAGAGCUGAAGCCAGUAGUCUGGGAGCCUAUUACCCUAGUCACGGAGGUGACUCCCCCAGAGGAGCUGCGUCUGCCGGCCCUGCCCAGCCCUGAGAGACGGCCCCCACCUCCUGAGAGGCCACCAGCUCGCCGUCGACGCCGCCCAUUACUGUUCUGGGACAAGGAAACUCAGAUUUCCCGGGAGAAAUUCCAGGAACAACUGCAAACCAGAGCCCACUGCUGGGAGUGUCCAAUGGUACAGCCUCUUGAGAAGACAAUCACAAGCCCUGCGGAGCUGUUCAGAACCCCAGCUCUCCCUGGGUGGUUACCCCUGGAACUACUGGAUUUCUGGACCCACUGUGCCCAGAUUCCCCCAAGAUUGGUUAGGCGAAGACCAUCCCUGGAGGCUGAAGAGGAGGCUGCUGCAAGGGAGGCAGCAGCUGAGGAGGAAAGGAGAAAGACUGAAGCUCUGAGUGAGAUUGAGGUCCUCAGAGAGGCCCAGGAACCUAGUGGUCCCCUCAUGGUGUCUUCAGAGAUCUCACUAGAAGCAGCUGAAGAGGAGAAGUCCCGAAUCAGCUUUGCCCCGCCAGAAGAAAGGUGGCCCUGGGCUGAGGCAGAGCAGCCAGAGGCCCCUGCAUUGCCAGUGGUGCCUGAACUCCCUGAGGUGCCCAUGGAGCUACCCUUGGAGCUGCCCCCUGAGCCCGAGCUACCCUCAUUAGAGGCGGUGCACAGGGCAGUGGCACUGGAGCUCCAGGCGAACAGGGAGCCUGACUUCAGCAGCCUGGUGUCACCUCUCAGCCCUCGCAGGAUGGCUGCCAGGGUCUUCUACCUCCUCUUGGUGCUCUCAGCACAGCAGAUUUUUCAUGUAGAACAAGAGAAGCCAUAUGGGCGCCUCCUGAUUCGGCCGGGGCCCAGAUUCCACUGUGGGUAGAGCCCAUUUACAAGGCUACUAAACAACUGGCUUCAUUAAACCACGUCCUGCCUCA